AUGGCCAUCACAGUCCACGGUAAUCUCACUCUUGCUGGACGCUCGUCUCUCAUGAUCACCACCCGCUCGAAGACAAUUGCUCGUACUCCCUUAAGAGCUAGAAACAGAAACGCUCGCAGACACCAGCAAAGAGAUAGAUCACCUCGCCCUCAGCUAAGAAGAAACCCUCGAAGAGCCGCGAGCGAACCCCUCCCGAUCCACUUACACAGACGUCCGCUGCCAUCCUUACGCGACGAUCCAGGAUUCUGGACAAAGAUUGCUACCCUUCCAGAAAAUCUCUACCCUUACCUUUUGCCUCAUUGCAACCCACGUGACUCCACCCGAGAAAUCCUGCGACAACUUAUUUGGCACUUCAACCCAGCCCGACGUAUUCCCUCUGACACCUUGAAAGACAAGAUACUUGAGUAUUAUCAAGAAGAUGUUGUCCGUGGUUUUGGAGCGUACUAUGGAGUUUAG